CUUAAGUCUUUCACAUUAGUUAGCCAGCCAGCCGGAGCAGCUGUAACAUCUGCUGCCGACACAGCUCCCUGUGCUCGGUAAUAAUUCGGAGCUUCUUUCUUUUUUUAAAUUGAGUAGCAUUUUUAUUUUGUGUGUACUUGGUAAGUGUUCUACAUUUGGAAACAGAAGUAAGUGUUUUAUUUCUGGGAAAAAAUACUUAACGUUAAACCUUUCACUCCGCCCGGGGUGGAGGCGGAGAGGGGUGGAAUAUUCUCCACACCGGUCUUGAUCAAGAAAUCAGCCCGCAAGUGUCACACGAAAAAGGAUUUUACAAACCCGUCACAGCGUUCAUAAGUGGAGAUAAUAAUGGAUAUAACUUGGCUCCGAUGGAACAUUUUACUUUCUCUCGGGCUCUUCGUUUCACCAACAUUUACUUCGACGGUCAAAGGAGGCUACAGAAGAUACGCAACGUACAUGCUGCAGCCUGGGCAAACCGGAGCGGGCUCUCGGACUGGGGGACAGCAGCAGCAACACUCGAUUAACAUGGAGCUGACAGCGAGUUACAACAGCCAGGUCCGGACACGUAGGAUGGGGACCCAGCUGAGCCCUGGCGUGCACCUCCACCAGCAGCACCAGCCUUUCCAGAGCGGCGCUAGCAGCGGGCACCAGCAGCUUAAACCAGUCGGGGUCAACGUCUGCGGAGGACGCUGCUGUCAAGGCUGGAGUCUGGCCCCCGGCUCGCAGAGAUGCACCAAACCAAACUGUUCACCAAAGUGCCAGAAUGGAGGGAUGUGUUUAAGUCCACAACUCUGCAUGUGCAAACCGGGGACAAAAGGCAAAGCCUGUGAGCAGAAGGCCGGCACCACCAGCCCAGCUAUGCCCAUGCCAGGAAACGGGCAGGACACGUUUAUGCAGCAGCGGCCCAUCCCACAGCAGAGCCCCCAGCACACAUCCCAGAUGGGCUCCAUCCCUCAGAAGGUCAACAGCCUUUCCCAGAUGACCCUGACGUUGAAGCAGCAGCCUGGUGUCCCCCAGCAAGCUCAGCCACAACUGAGACCUUCUCACCCGCUGUCAAUGACUGUGCAGCAAAUCCCAAGUCAACAGUUUUUAAUAAAACCAAAGUACUACCAGACCCAGAAGGUAUACAGUGGAGUACAACCUGCAGAGGGCGCCUUGCCACUUAGCGCGGGACACAGUCCUGUUCAAGGUCACAGUAUGAGCAACCACACUGGCCGAAUCAAGGUGGUCUUCACUCCCACCAUCUGCAAGGUUACCUGCAUCCAGGGCAACUGCCAAAACACCUGCGAGAAGGGCAACACGACCACCCUGAUCAGCGAGAAUGGCCACGCAGCUGACACCCUGACGGCGCCCAACUUCAGAGUAGUGGUUUGUCAUCUUCCUUGUAUGAAUGGCGGACAGUGCAGUGCUAGGGACAAGUGCCAGUGUCCCCCUAACUUCACGGGAAAACUGUGUCACAUUCCGGUGCAGAAUGGACAUCAUGGGCAACAGCAACACCAGAGUCAAGUGUCAUUGAGUCGGACCCAGGGGGGCCAGGUGCAGUCGACCCACACCCUGCCCCUUCUAAUUGAUGGUCAGAAUGGCAUUCAAAUGAAAUUUCCUCCUAACGUCGUCAACAUCCACGUAAAGCAUCCUCCAGAAGCCUCUGUGCAGAUCCACCAGGUUUCCCAGAUGGAUAACCCCAAUGUUCAGAAAGCCAAGGGAGCUCAGCCUGGCCAGGUCACCUACCACAACCUGGGAUAUACCAACCAACAGUCCAUCUUUCACCACUAUCCUGUCUCUUCUAAGUCACUGGGCCGCUGCUUUCAGGAGACCACUGGAGCACUGUGCGGCAAGGCGUUUCCUGGACUGUCCAAACAAGAAGACUGCUGUGGAACUGUAGGGACGUCCUGGGGAUUCAACAAGUGCCAGAAAUGUCCAAAGAAACCAUCCAUCCCUGUAACGGGUUCUAGACAGCAGCACAUUGACUGUCCUGUUGGGUACAAGAGGAUCAAUAUCACUUUUUGCGCAGAUAUUAAUGAGUGUCAGCUUCAGGGGGUGUGCCCUAAUGGGGAAUGCUUGAAUACUAUUGGCAGUUACCGGUGCUCCUGCAAGGCGGGCUACAUGCCAGACCCUACACUUUCCACUUGCAUUCCCGAUAAUUCCAUGAUCCCUGAGGAGAAAGGCUUCUGUUUCCGGUUUGUCAGUGCUGGAAAACAAUGCUUGCACCCAGUCCCUGUUCAGCUUAGCAAGCAGCUCUGCUGUUGCAGUGUUGGAAAGGCCUGGGGCCCGCACUGUGAGAAAUGUCCCAUUCCUGGAACAGCUGCCUUCAAGGAAAUCUGCCCUGGUGGAAUGGGCUACACAGUUGUUGGAACGUACAAAAAGGUGAACGCCUACCCUAACAAUCUACCUGACACUGACAGCAAGAUCAGGACUAGCCAGCCUGUGCCCGUGGAGGUUCCUGCACCUGUGCCUGCUGACGAAGAGCCGGUGGAGGCCCUGACCUCCACUGAGAGGCACCAAGUGGAGGCGGUUGCAUUGGGUAAAGUAGCUACUGCAGCUCCUGAGGAGGAACUUAUUCCACUUGAUAAUAAUGAUAAACAGACCGAGCCAGGGCAACCACAGCUUUCACCUGGCAUUUCUACAAUCAAUCUGGAUCAGGAAUUUCCAGUGGUUAUUGAGCGGACAUCACCCCCUCCUUUAAUAGAAGUGGCUCCAGAGAUUUCCACAUCAAGUGCAAGCCAAGUGAUUGCACCCACGCAAGUGACAGAAGUGAAUGAAUGUGUAGUGAAUCCAGAUAUCUGUGGAGCAGGAUACUGCCAUAACUUACCAGUGGGAUACACCUGUCUAUGCAAUCCUGGCUUUCAUUUCCAUACUGAAUUAGGCACUUGUGUUGAUCUUAACGAGUGUGAGGAGAGUCCUCCGCCAUGCUCCAAAGGAGAGUGUUUUAAUACAGAUGGAAGCUUCCUGUGUGAGUGUCAAGUUGGCUUUAUGUCGGAUGAAGAAAGGACAAACUGCAUAGAUGUUAACGAGUGUGAGCAGAGUCCUCAGCCUUGCUCCAAUGGCCGGUGCUUUAAUACAGAAGGAAGUUUUCUUUGUGAGUGUCUAAUUGGCUUCAUGACGGAUGAAGAAGGAACACACUGCAUAGAUGUGGACGAGUGCCUGCGGCCUGGCACCUGUGGAGACGGUCACUGCACUAACACAGUGGGCUCCUACAGGUGUGAGUACUGUGAGAGUGGAUUUAAGAUGAGCCGCAGAGGUCACUGUGAAGAUAUCAAUGAAUGCCAAGAUGACAGUGUUUGCUCUGCUGGGCAGUGUGUUAAUUUUCCAGGAUCCUAUGAAUGCAUUCCUUGCCAUGAAGGAUUUGAAGGAAAAAGAGGGCAGUGUGUGGAUGUCAACGAAUGCUCAGAUAGUUCAUUUUGUGCCAAUGGUAAAUGUGAAAACCUUGAAGGAUCCUAUGCUUGCACGUGCAACACAGGCUUCGAGACGACUCCGGAUGGCAAGUUAUGUCAAGAUGUAGAUGAGUGUACCAACAAGCAGCUCUGCGUCGGAGGGCAUUGUCGAAACACGGAAGGCUCUUUCCUCUGUACUUGCAACAGUGGCUUCAGGUUAUCAGCUUCCAGGGACCAGUGUGAAGAUGUAGACGAGUGUGCCAGCCAGCAGGUCUGCGUCAGAGGGCGCUGUGAAAACACAGAAGGCUCUUUUCUCUGCACUUGUAAUAAUGGCUUCAAAUUAUCAGCGUCCAGAGACAACUGUGAAGAUAUAGAUGAGUGUGCCUAUGAUCAUCUGUGCGUCAGUGGGAAUUGCCAGAAUACUGAAGGCUCCUUCCUCUGCACCUGCAGCAGCGGCUUCAGAUUAUCAGCAACAAAGCACCAGUGUGAAGAUAUUGAUGAAUGCAGAGAACAAACGAAUGCUUGCCAGGAUAAUAGCAUCUGCUUUAACAGCGUGGGAUCGUACACGUGUAUGUGUCCUGAAGGCUACGAGCGGAUUCAUGAGACAAGCUGUCGAGACAUCGACGAGUGCUCGUCUGAUGAAGAGUUGUGCCAGCCUCAUGGGGAAUGUGUCAACAAUGAAGGCUCCUUCAGCUGCGUUUGUGAACAAGGCUUCCUUGUGUCUGCUCAUGGGCAGACUUGUGAAGAUGUCGAUGAGUGUGCGGCAAACAACACUUUGUGUGGCAGCCACGGGUUCUGUGAAAACACUGUUGGCUCAUUCCGCUGCCUCUGUGACCAGGGGUUUCAGGACUCUCAUGAUGACCGUGGCUGUGUGGAUGUGAACGAAUGUGAAAAGAUAAGCGGUGUAUGUGGAGAAGCUCUCUGCGAGAACGUGGAAGGAGCUUUUCUUUGUAUCUGCCCCGAUGAUAACCAGGAAUAUGACACAAUGACUGGCCAGUGCACCUCAGCGACACCAUCAGAACCAUCAGAAGAAAGAAAAGACUGCUAUUAUAACUUGAGCGAUGCCAACCUGUGUGACAACGUCCUCACUUCUAAUUUCACCAAAGAGGAGUGCUGCUGUACAUUGGGAGCUGGGUGGGGAGACAACUGUGAAAUUUUCCCCUGUCCAGUCCUGGGAACGGGUGCAUUUUCUUCUCUGUGUCCCAAAGGAAAAGGAUUUAUUCCAAAUGAAGAUUCAGUUGAUGGGGUCACACCACAAAACUACAAAGAUGCCAAUGAAUGUGACUUAUUUGAAGCUGAAAUUUGCAAGAAUGGUGUCUGCGUAAAUACAGAGCCUGGUUUUGAAUGCUACUGCAAACUGGGCCACUACUAUGAUGCUACAAAAUUAGACUGUAUUGAUAUUGAUGAAUGCACUGACAGCUCAGUAUGUAUUGAUGGGCAAUGUGUUAACACAGAUGGUUCUUAUAAUUGCUUUUGCACCCACCCAUUGGUUUUUGAUUUCACACUGCGCAGGUGCAUCGAUCCGACUGACACCACAGAGCAUAACAUGGACGUAUUCCAGGACAUCUGCUGGCAGAAAGUGAGUCAGGACAUGACAUGUAACGAACCACUGAUCGGAAAACAAACAACUUACACAGAGUGCUGCUGCCUUUAUGGAUUGGCCUGGGGACCAGACUGUGCCCUCUGUCCGAAGAAGACCUCGGAAGAUCAUGCAAUGCUUUGUAACAUACCCUUCCCUGGGAACAGUCGGAGAUACGGACAGGAUGCCUUAAUCCCUCCUGAUUAUUCUGAAUCAAACCUGGAAUAUGAUGCCAAUGCAGAUGCUGAUGCUGAUGCCCACGCACCAGGGUUUUUACCUCUCUUCAGAGAGAAUGAACAAUAUGAUGCCUUUGAGGGGCUUCAGGCUGAGGAGUGUGGCAUCUUGAAUGGGUGUGAAAAUGGUCGCUGUGUCAGAGUACAGGAAGGAUACACCUGUGACUGUUUUGACGGGUACCACCUAGACAUGUCCAAGAUGGCAUGUGUUGAUGUGAAUGAAUGCACCGAACUCAACGAUAAAAUGUCCCUCUGCAGGAAUGCCAAGUGUGUCAAUACAGAAGGAUCCUACAAAUGCAUAUGCCUGCCUGGAUUUGUCAGAUCGGAGCAGUCGAAUUACUGCGUGGCAUCAAAAGAAGAACACAACAGUGAAUUCGAGUGAAGACCCUGGGGGCCCACAGAGGACUUUCAACAAUUAAAAAAAAAAAAAUAAAAAAAAAAAAAGCAAUUAUUUAAUCGAAGCCCAUAUACUCUGCACUGUAUGCAUAGUGUACUUGAGAUGAAGAUUAAAAAUGUACCCUGCCGCCUUCUGGUGCCCACAGAAAAGAACCUUCUGGUAAGAAGGUGAAUUUCUGCAGAAGGCACGUGAUACCAAAGCGCAUUGCGUUGACUGACCGAGUGGACAUGUUGUGAGCUAAACGUUUAGAGUCAGGAAGCCAUUGCCGAUCCACCGUGACAAUACAACGGCCAACUCGUCUUUCUCCUGUCAUAUCGAUUUACUUUUGUUUUUGUUCAACGACUUCCACAAAGGAAAGUUGGCCUGAAGAGACACGGCAGAGAAAACCUUGUGUAUUGCUCUCUGUUAAGCUGCAUUUUCUCAGUUCACUGUAUUUGCUCUAUUGAUAAUGUUAUUAAUGUAAAUUCUGCAAUUUAUUUUAUUUUUUUUUUAUUAUUAUUUGUACUAAUGUAGAAUGGCACUGCUGUGCUUCCCUUUGUCUGGAACAUUGGACAAUCGACAGGAGAGGUUGUGUGCAUCCAGUCUGCCCUGUGGAGCAGGCAAAUAUGUUUGUUUUUUUGGUU